AUGAACCUCUCGGUCUUUCGCGCCGGUGGACAGUUGCUCUUUGGGCCGAGGCACCCCAAAACAGCUGAUGGAGUCUCUCUCCUUUCGCGCUUAACUCGGUGGACGGCCGUUGGUUCCCGCCAAGGUGCAGCCUGUUGGCACGGGAGCCCUUCACUGUUCGCAGCACCCUCAGCAGUAGCCGCAAAGUGGCCACAGGAAUUCUUCACAACUCGCUGUUUCUCGAUGGCAUCUGAGAGCUCCCAUGGGGAUGUAACAGAGUCAAGCAAAUGCCGAACACGCAACAUCGGAAUAAGCGCUCAUAUUGACAGUCGUAUAGCGGAAAUUCACGAGGUGCGGGGGUCCGACGGCGUAGGGGCGAAAAUGGACUCUAUGGAACUGGAAAGAGAAAAAGGAAUAACAAUUCAGUCUGCUGCGAGCUACUGCACCUGGGAGCUGCCCAAAGGGCCACCUGAGGGGCCCCCUGGGGGAUCCUACACCUUGAAUUUAAUUGACACGCCUGGACAUGUAGACUUCACAGUUGAGGUGGAGAGAGCCUUGCGGGUUUUGGAUGGCGCGAUCCUUGUGGUUUGUGGGGUUGCUGGUGUGCAAAGCCAAACCCUGACUGUUGAUAGACAAAUGAAGCGUUAUGGGGUUCCCCGGCUGGUGUUCGUAAACAAACUGGACCGCGACGGAGCCGAUCCUUGGAGAGCACUGGCGGGCAUUCGCAGACAACUGGGCAUAAACGCCUGUCCCAUUCAAAUUCCAAUUGGACUCGAAAGCAAUCACCGAGGUGUGGUGGAUUUAGUGUCUUUGGAAUCGAUAUAUUUUAAGGGAGAAAACGGAGAAGAAGUCGAACGCUCUUCUGAAGUGCCCAACAGCUUGUUGGAGGAGGCAAAAAUGCGGCGGAAUCAGCUCAUAGAAGCCCUCGCUGAUUUGGACGAGCAACUGGCGGAGUCGUACAUACAGCUUGAGGAUAAGAUUCCUCCAGAACAAAUACACAAUGCAAUUAGAAGAUGCACCCUCAAUCAUACAUUUGCUCCCCUUCUCAUGGGCUCGGCGAAAGGCAACAAGGGAGUACAACCACUCCUGGACGCUGUCUGUCGCUACCUUCCCGCACCACAGGACCGCGUUCAAGUGGCGAAAGACAUGGAAAAUGACGGAGCAGAAGUGUCCCUCUCCUGUGACCCCAAGAAGCCGUUAGUCGCAAUGGCCUUCAAGAUCCAAGAACUGCCUGUGGGCCAGCUAACGUACUUGCGGCUGUACCAGGGCUCGCUUCGGCGCGGCGACUCUGUGUUGAAUUUGAGCACCUCUAAAAAGCAGCAGGUGAAACGGCUGCUGUUGAUGCAUGCAGACGAGGCGAGAGAGGUACAGCGGGCUGAGGCGGGAGACAUAAUAGCUGUGGGAGGCCUGCAGUGUCACUCUGGAGUGACCCUCACCGACGGACGCUGCCAGCUUGCCCUCAGCUCGAUGUACGUUGCUGAGCCAGUGGUCUCUCUCGCCGUCCGUGUGAACCGGAAAGACGACCAGCCCAAGUUCGCCAAGGCCCUUAACAGGUUCCAAAGGGAAGAUCCGACCUUCAGAGUUGGAACAGACCCUGAGUCGAAGGAAACAGUGAUCUCGGGAAUGGGGGAGCUGCAUUUACAGAUAUACUUAGAGCGUAUGCACCGAGAGUACCGUUUGCAAGUGACGUCUGGCCAACCAAAAGUGAACUACAGAGAAAUGCCGACCCAGAAAGCGCUCUUUGACUACACCCACAAGAAACAAAGUGGAGGCGCGGGGCAGUUCGGCAGGGUCAUUGGCUAUUUUGAGCCUAUCGAACAAGGAGAAGACAUAGAUGGGAACACACCCAACGUUUUCACUAACCAGCUUGUAGGAAACGACAUUCCUCCAAAUUUCAUUGCUUCUAUAGAGAAGGGUUUUCUGGAAGCAGCGCAACGCGGACCCCUGACAGGGGCCCCAAUGGUGAACACCCGGUUUGUGCUGUUGGGGGGCAAAGCCCACGACGUGGAUUCAAGCGACAUUGCCUUUCGCCUGGCAGCUGCAGGCGCCCUACGUACCUUCUAUGAGGAUUCGCUGCCAGUUGUUCUGGAGCCCUUGAUGUCGGUAGAGGUCUCUGUACCCCGCGAGAUGCAAGCGAGUGCCUUGGGGCUGCUGAACCGGAGGCAAGGCAGCGUGUCGGACUGUACAUUGGAAGGGGAAACAGCUGUGGUGUCUGCUGAGGUUCCUCUGCGAUUCAUGUUUGGCUUUAUUUCGGACCUCAGGGCGCAGACGCAGGGACAAGGCGAGUUCACCAUGACAUUCCAAAGGUACCAACAAAUGCAACAAAAUGACCAAGAAGCGGUUGUAAAGCAGCUGCAGCAAGAGCGGCAGCAAAAGCGAGCCGAAUAG